AUGUCAGGCCCACCUUCUACUUUAAGGACAACGACAAAGAUACAUCAAGCGCUUUCUGAGAAUAGAGAGAAGAAGGUUCACUUGCUUCUUCCUCCAGACAUUGCCACGAAGAGCUGGCGCGACCGUGCGGCAUGGAAGCUCAAGCGAGUGGAAUACGAAAAAGAAAUGAACGUCGCUCUGGAGCCUCUACGUGGUGCUCCAAAACCAUACUUGAAGAAAUAUCGUGAGUUGCAAGUUUUGGGCUAUCUGACAAACCUGGAAGAAUGGCAGUCCGCAUCGGAUCAAGAGAGAAGUUCUAUGCAGCGUUCAGUUCUCACGAAGCUUGCGGCUCGUAGCAACACAUCUCGACGUCAGCAGUAUGAGCGGCAGAGGGUAUCAAGAAUUGUCAUGGCCGUGGUCAGCGGGGAGGAAUUGGAUCCGAUUUUGGAAUUUGAAGCGAAGAAGCGGAUUCUGGAUAGGCCUGGGAACUGUCCGACUUUGGUGGAGGACUGGAUUGAAGAUGUUGAGGAGGCUUGUCGAUGGAACGAAGUGUAUUCAGUAGUGAGUCUGACAAUGUAG